AUGUAUUUCGAUGACAUUUAUUUUUCUCCUAUUUUUUCUUCCCUCUAUUUUUUUCUUUCACUCUUUCGAAAUUUUUUAAUGUUUCCUUAUUUAUUUAUCUAUUUAUUUAUUUUAAAAUUCUCUCUUUCGUUCUCUGCGUUCUUCUUCUUCUUUUUUUGUUAUAUCGAUUCUUUCUUUCAUUUUUUAUAUACGUCACAUUUUUCAUGUUUCUUUCUUUUUUUUCCUUUUAUUUUUUCAUUUAUUCUUUUUCCUUUUUCUUUCUGUGCUCGUUUUCACGUUUUUCUUUUUGUUUUAUUCAUUUUUACCGUUUUCUUUAUUCUUCCUACUAUCUCGCUAAAAUCUCGCGAAAAUGUCGCUUUUAAAUGUAUCGCUGUCAUGUUUGUUUGUUUUUGUUUUUUUUGCCGCCUUUUUCUUUUCAUUCUUUCUUUCUUUCUUUCUUUCUUUCUUUCUUUUAUUGAUUCUUUUGCUCAGUUUUAUUUUUGUCAUUUUCUUUGUCGGCCUUCUUUCUUUUUUUUUCCUUUAACAUUGUUUCUUUCUCGCAUACGUCAUCAUCAUCUUCCUUGA